UUAGACUGUGGAAGCAGAGUUCCGGAGCCUGCCGGGAACAAACACGGAGGCCUAACAUGCGCCAGGAGGUUUGAGACACCAGAGUUUAACCUGAGAGUCACCCAACCUGUCGGACGAGGACACCGGGAUGUACCCCAGCUCACAGUCGGCCAGACACCCGGCUCAGGCUCUGUCAGUGAACAGUCAGUACAUUCCUCCUCCGUAUGACUUCACCGGCUAUCAUCACGUCCCGGGAGUCGGCGACCCGUCGACGAGUGCCUGGAACCCCAUUUACCCACCUCGGGAGGAGUAUCCCUACAGCUUCCCGGGGUCGAGCCCCAGCGCCGGACAGGUCGGCUUCACCUCCCCGGAGCUGAGCGGUACGCCCACCGCCGCUGGAGGGGGGUCGUUCACCCCGUACAGCUUCAUCUCUGGACAGGACCCUUUCAACUGCAGGAGGAGACUGAAUGAAUCCAUCAGACCGCCCGUUUCAGGAGGGAAGACUCGCACUAAGGACAAGUACAGGGUGGUGUACACUGACCACCAACGUCUGGAGCUGGAAAAGGAGUUUCAGUACAACCGCUACAUCACCAUGAGGAGGAAGACCGAGCUGUCAAUGGCACUGAGCCUCUCCGAGAGACAGGUGAAGAUCUGGUUUCAGAACCGACGUGCCAAAGAGAGGAAAAUCAACAGGAAGAAGCAGCAGCAUUCUCAGCAGGCCUCCACAACUACACCCACCCCACCUGUACUAGGUGGACCCGCCGACGUCCAUAUUACCACCAGCCCCAGCAGCAAUAUUUUGUCCGAUGCAAUAUCAGAGGAAUACUAGGUGGAUUUCAUAUGAAAGACUGAUGGAGUAUCUGAUGUGUACAUAGAGUUUUGUUUUUUAUAAGUUUACCACAGAAUGAAUGAAGAUGAUUCACAUCAACACAAUGUUAUAAUGCUGCACCUUUUGCCUUUUAUAAUAACAAACACUACUUAGCUUUUGUACUGAUCAUCUCUACUGGGUGUUUGCUCGACAUAGGACUUUAACGUGCCCUUUAUCAAACAUACGUGCAGCGUUUAACAACCGAUAACAAUGACAUAAUGUUUCAGAAAAUCUUUUUAUUUAACGUAAAGGCAUGUUGAAUUGCUCUUGAGUCAGAAAAGAGGAAUAGUGUGUCUGUUUUUCUUCUAUCUUUUUUGCUCCAACCGCAUGAGGAAAUAAGUCUAAAAAUCAUGCUUGAGUAAAUGAAUAAAAUGGCUACAGCAGCCUCUGUCGAUAUCUCAAAACCAGCCCUUCUGCUUAUACUUUGGGGAAGUAAAAUGUCACUAAUUCAUCUCUUUCUUACCAUGUAUGGGAAAUAGAGUAAGAAUAUGUUAUACCAAAGUUCUGAAAAGUAAAAGAGAGAUUUUGGUAUGAACACAGGUGGCAUUUUUUGUUAAACAGGUGUAAAAUAUUACAUAAAAUCACAUUUGGUGAGAAAAUAUUUUUUUCUAUUUUAAGGCACUGAUAACAAACGUCUUUAAAAUUAAACAUGCCACAUCCUACCACAUCCUGACAGCUGCAGAUAGGUCAACUACAUGUCUCAUGAUCUAUAGUCACUCUACUGCUAAGCAGGAAUUCAUUAAUUUCAAAUGAAAAAAAAGUCUGUGCUUCACUAGUCUUUUGGGACUUACGCAUGUAUGAAAAAUAACAUUUCAUACACACAUGAAAAUAAAACGUACGUUUUAAAGUAUGAACUAAACUAUGAACAUGUAAGAAAUUAUAACAUGCUUGUUCCUCUUUUUACAUCACUUUAAAGAAGUGGCAGGAAAAGUGGCAAAUGUAGCAGUGUAAAUUUCAGCCCAACCACAGUCAACCAAGGGUUACAAAAACUUUAAAAAUAAACCGCUGUAAAACCAACUUUGCGCAACUCAUGUAUUUAUGCAGUGUGGGCAGUGAACAUGUCCCUGUUCUCUCUUUCAGCACUGGUCAAUCAUAGUAGUUUCUUUGUGUCUUCAUAUGUUGAAGGUGAGGAUUAUGGUGGUUUAGAUGUUUGUAAAAGGCACUUUGCUGCACAUUUUAUAAAAAAGCUCCGCACUGAGGUUUAUCGAUGAGGUUGUAUUCUCUGUUCAUUAGCACCAACCAUGGUCCCCAGCUGUGGGUCUGUUUGCUUUCAUUGCACCAUAAUCUUCUGAAACGUUUCCACAGAGAAAAGGUUCUUCAUAACUUUAGGCAACAAUGAAGAAAUGUACCAAUGGUAUAAAGCUCUACCUGCCAACAAAAUGACUGAACUAAUAUAUUCAUUAAAUUAAAUUAAAGAAGUACUGAAUCAAAAAUAAUUUUGAUUUUUGAUAAAUUCUUUGAAUAUUAAAUUAUAUGUCACCUGCAAGAUAUCGUCAUAGAAAUACUGACAUACCCAAGAACUGGCACCACUCAGAAGUCUGGAUUUUAUAUUUAAAUGGCUUUGGCAUGGCAAGGUAACAUCACAUGAAAGUGUGACAGCAAUGAUCAAAUCAUCUGGUUUUUAUGAGGGAAAAAAUGAAUGUUUAAUUGUGGUUCAACCAAACCUAUCAAGAGUUCAGGUGCAAUAGCCUAAUCUCUUUUGAUUUACUUUGUCAUGCACAUAAUAAAAGCUUAACAUCUGAAACAAUACUCAGUUAUUUCUUACCCACACAGUUAUUAUAUUUAACAAAGUAGAACUGGCUGACUGGUCACAUGGUAAAAUGAUCCUGGAUUAUUGGAGCAGGUUUAUUAAACACUGUCUUUGGUUGUCAGUUAUUUGCUCAGUAGAUUAUGUCUUUUAGAAGUUCAGCUGUUUUUCGACAAGAGGGUUCAAUUUAAAAAGGAUCUCGGUUGGUUGUUUAUGGACACUACAACUAUCAUGAAGCAUAAACACCAAUUUUAUGACACUGUGAAUCAGCUGAAUAGUAGUCCAGGGUUGUCAACCUUUAACCCCAACUAACAAACCAGACCGAACAUGUAACCAUCUUUAAUUAAACAAUAAACAACUUAAAGCACAGCGUGUUACCUUACUUUCAAAAAUGUUCAAAAAAUUAACAAAAAAAUAUCUAUAGAUAUACAGAUAUAUAUCACUUAAAACAGAAGUGAAAAAAUGUAUACGAUGUGCUCAGAAAAAUGCAAACAAAUUAAAUAUAAUUUAUUAAUGUCAUUCUGUAAAAAUGGUCUUUUAUGUAAAUGGGUCUUAGAGGGUG